UGGGUACCUCAAUGGUUAUAUUACGAUAAUCCCGUAAGGAGCAAUUAUGAUGAUAACCUGACACGUAAGGCCACUUAUGAUGCCGGAUCCGGUUCGAAAGGAACCACUAAACAUGACGCCAAGUAACAUCGGAAGCGGACUGUGUAAUGGGAAUUUAAUGUGCAUUAGUGCCACUAGAUGGCGCUUUCAAUUCCUUAGAAAUUUGCGUUUACAUUUCGUGACAGUAACAUUUUCAAACUGCCACUAGGCCCUCAGAUGACCGGCCGACCACUGGUUUUAUGAGACGUCACCAUGGAUUUUGUUUGCUCGGGGAAUAAAAGAUUUAAGGAUCCCCAAGACAAAUAGAGAGUAUAGUUUUAGGCACAAAUUACUACUUCACAAUAAACGCAAUGGCUUAUAGCAUCACCGCUGUCCUUUUCAUACUGCCCGCGCGGUCAUAGUCUCCCGCAGUUUUGUCAACCACAAAUUGGUGUGGUCUCUUUGUGUAUACAACUAAAAAUUACAAUUAACCUUAUAACCAAUUUGGAGAGUUGUAAAUCUCGAGCUUACAAUUAUAGUUUGGUACAUCUUAUGGUGUAAAGCAUUUUUUUAUGUAAAAAAAAGGGGUUUUUAACAAAAUACCAUGAGCCAGACCCCUAGCCCCCGACGUGUCAUAUGGUAAUGAUGAUAACAAUGAAAUGGAAUAUUUUUCUAAUUACGUGGCCUACAAGUUAAGGAGAAGAAUGGAGGCAAGAUAUUGAAUAAAGUGUCUUGAUAUUGAAAAAAUCCUGUAAAAUGUUUUUUUUUGUUGUAUUAAACAUAAUCAACACUAUCCUUAAGUAGUCCCACAGCUUGCAAAACUGAAUCAAAAAUGGUAAUUUUUUGUAGCAUUUUUGUAUAAAUAAAUAUAUCACAACUCGCAGAUGAGAUAUGAGACUUUUUUAGAAAAAUGGGCGAGAACGGACAACCUACAUUAGCAGAACAACAAGCUCUACACAAAAAAGUCAAACGGUGCUUAAGUACCCCGAAUAUACAGAAAGCUAUACAAGCAACUCAAAGGGUACAAAGUGUUCGCACAAAGUAAUGAUGCAAAUGACUGAGCUUGAUUUCUCCAUUCGCACGAGCGUUUUUUAAACGGGCGUUAAAAAAGCGUUCAAAUAUAGUAUGAGGUUAAAUGAAGGCCUAUUUCCAACGCCCAAAAUUGAACAGCUCGAAAAAAGCUUCGCGUUUUUAAAACGCUGACGUGUGAACAUAUACUUAGAAAUGCAUUUGUUCUAUUUGAACGUUUUAGCAGACUCAGAAAUUAUUACAAGAAAACUAAUGUCGAACAAAGGUUAUGAUUUACAAUAUUUGUCAGGACAACUUAACAAAUCAAACUGUAACCAAAAUAAGACCCUAGAAUGGCAGAGAAUGACCUUGAGUGAAGUCACGCACUUGUGCACGUUGUGUGUAGGGUUUAAGGUACCUCUAACUGUUAACAAACACUCCCCUUUUCCACCCAAGUCACUCUCCCCGCCUAUCCCAAGAGAUGUGGACGGCUCGAACGCCACGAGCACACUGAACUGAAGCUGUCCGUACGACGGGCGCCUUAUAUCGGAAGUCGUUGCAACGCGGCGAUAAUAUUCGCUUUUUUAACGGAUGUUUAAAAAUCGCUCGUGCGAAUGGGCGCAAAGACCUCUAGCGUUAAGGCUGCUAGCAUGAAGCCUACAUUCUUUGCUGAGAUAUAACUGUAAAAGUUCCAAAACCAGUAGCCUGCAAUUGAGAUCCCAGUUCCAAAGUAUCCCGCUGUUAUAUGGACCCGAACAAAAGCAGAGACAUCAAAAAAAGUAAUAAACCUGAUAACCAAUUAGUUAAAAAAAAAACAAUCACAAAAGUUUCAACUAUAAGUACAUCUCAAGCUUAAUAUUAUGGUUUGUUACCACAUGUUUUAGUAAUUAGACGUACUAUUAUUUUUUUUAAACAGAUUACAAACGUAUAGAAUCAUGUUAAUCAAAAAAGAUAACAAACAACAGUUAAAAUAACAAACCGUGUAACUAAGUUCUUAAACCGCUUCAAAUUGCAAAUUACUUGCUCUGACAUACUGCUGCUAUGACGUUAAUUGCAAACUUAAUGAUAUUUGCUAUAUCGGUAAGACUAAGUGAAUUUACAUUUCGUUUUCCUGCGUAUAAAUAUGAUUAUACAGGGUGCUCGGGAGUGUUUCCCAUAACUCUAGGGUUAUACUUUUAAGGAAAAUAAAUUAAAUAUGUCCAAUGAACAUGCGUUCCAAAAUGAAUAUUUUCGGAGUAAAUAAUAUUUCUUUUGUACAUAGAUCUUAAGGUGUGUCCCUUAUACGCAUCAUAAUAAUAAUGACGUAGCGAAACUUAUUCAUUGAUAAAUAUCACGAAGUAGCUAAGCUAACUAAAGUGCUUUUCAUUUUUUGAAAGUUGCCAGACGUUAUUAUCGUGAGUGAAACUGGCACCGUACUCAUGCUAUCUGAAAAACACUUUAGUGAAGUGCGAAGUGCCAGUUGCAACUAUCUAGUGGUCUAGUACAGUCAUCAUGAUCUUAUCUUGUCAUUGAAUAAAAAAAUAUUUCUUUUAAUUUUACCUAAAAGCGUGUGUACAUGGACAGUCGGAAUUAUUUGAAUUACUUAGUAUGACAACAUAAAAGUUUCUUUUACUAGUUAAAAAAAUUGUUAGGCAGUUGAACCUUGAAGUUAUGGGAAAUACUCCCGAGCACCCUGUAUAUGUAAAAAAAAGAUUUAUCAUGUAUAUAUACACCAACAUGUUCCCAGAUCUCGCUGCUUACCGAAUGUAAAGUUCCUCCGCCUUCAUCCACAGUACGUACUCGUAUAUUGUUUAUUGAGAUCUUGCUUCUAAGACUAUGGAAAAUCAAGUUUUUAUGCCUCACUGACUAAAGCAGGGGUUCCCAACCUAUCACCCUAUGCGCCCACCUAAAGUUUACGCUAAAAUACUACGCCUUCAUCUUCUGUACGCCAACUCAACUAUAUGUAACAAUGGACAAAAAAACAAACGAUGAAAGUUUAAUGGACUUUAUUAAUCGUGUACAACGUAUAAUAAUGACCACUAGUGAGAACAUUGGGUCUGCACUUUAUCAAUUCUAGGCUUCAUGUUGGUCACUGCACAGCGUACAUCAUUUAAACGGCUUGUCGCGCCCCCCUACGGCUCACCCUAUGCUCCCCAAGUGGGGCGCGCCCCACCGGUUGGGAACCUAUGGACUAAAGGAUAUUUAGUCGUCUUUGAUGCAACAAUUCUUAUUUAAAAUUGAGAGUUCCUGCUAAAUUAUUUAAAUACAAAUCAAUUUGUACUUUGCAGGGCAAACCAAACUGUACAGCAAAGGUUUGAGAGAUUACUAUAACUACUUGAAGCAAUAACCAUUUUUUAUAAGUUAAAUAUUAUAAGCCAUCCAAUAUUAUGACGAAAUGACAAAAGUUUAAAUCAAAUUAAUUCUGCUAAUAUUUCUGUAAAUGUGUACAGUUUAUUUAACAAAUGUUAAGCAAGUUUAUUUAACAAAUGUUAAGCAAAUUUGUAUGAGUUUAUUUGGGAGAACCAUCACAAAUGGUUCUCCCAAAUAAACUCAUACACACGUCUGUUUGGUUUUGAAACUUGGUAGGUACGUAGAUAGUCUGGAUUUUUGAGAAACAGCAUUAAUUGACAGUGUAGUGUUUGCACACACUCUCUGAGUGAUCAGUUGAUCACUCGAGUUAUCACAUCCAGUUGGUUGAACACUGUAUAUACUUAGUACCUCGUGGUACGUACUGCUGUAGCACCAAAGUGCAACUAACCCCCCUCUUGUCUGAGUGAUGUGUAUAAUACGUACUCAUAUUAAAACUACAUUCACACCGCUGUAUUAUAAUGCGCCGGCGCUGCAUCGCAUCUAUCUUCAGUCAUUAAACGGGUAGCUAACGGAACGGUUGUUUCAUUUAUGUUGAAGUACACAACAUUUGGCGAACGCGGCGGGAUUAGUAAUUAUCCACUUAUACCUACGAGUGCUACGUUUUAGAUUCGUUUUAAAACUAAAUAUCUACCAAUGUCGACCUAUUUGGGUCAUUUACAAAAUUUUGACCACAAGAAUGGCGAGUGGCAGAUAUUCAAAGGGAAGUUGACGCAAUUUUUCAAUAUUAAUAGUGUGGACGAUAACGUGAAAAAGAUUGGGAUUUUAUUAACUCACAUCAGCGACGAAACUUACCGUUUGGCAGCGAAUUUAGCGUACCCGCAGCAGUUGGACUCACUAGGUUACGGAGAAGUCGUGGCAUUACUGGACGGCCAUUUUAAACUACGACAGUGCUCGUUUGCUGACAAGGCGAAUUUCUACGGAGCGAGUAGAAGCCCAGGCGAGUCAUUAGGGGACUGGGCGGCGCGAUUGCGAGGUCUGGCGACAUAUUGCGACUUCGGCGCCGCCUUGGAAACCAACCUAGUGGAUCGUUUUGUCCUCGGUUUGGGAUCAGGCCCGGAACGCGAUAAGCUCUUUGAACAAAGACCUUCCACGCUCACGCUGACUCGAGCUAUUGAGCUAGCGGAGCAGGCAGAAAGUGCGAAAAAGGGGAAGGUGGUACGUCCUGAAAUAGAUGCAGUGCACGUCAAGGAGGAGCCGGUGUUCCGCGCGGAAUUCCAAGGUCGCGCUAGCCGCGCCACCCCGUUUCGGUCGGGCCGCGGUGCUUUUGUCAACAACGGUGAUUCGACGAGAUUUCGUGAUCCGCGAUGUCAAGUCUGUGGUCUGAAGAAUCAUCAAAGUGAUAAGUGCCGUUACAAGGGCUAUAGAUGCAAAAAGUGCGGGGUCAAGGGUCACCUUAAAAGUGUCUGUGUGCGCGAUAAUAUCGGGGUCAGUGCGGGCGUUUACCGUGUGGAAGAUGAGCCUUGUGGGGUUGACGAGGCGUGCAAGGAGUGUAAAAAUUUUAAUUUAAGGUUCCAACAACUAAGUGUGGAGGAAUGAUGUGUAUAAUACGUACUCAUAUUAAAACUACAUUCACACCGCUGUAUUAUAAUGCGCCGGCGCUGCAUCGCAUCUAUCUUCAGUCAUUAAACGGGUAGCUAACGGAA